ACACGCCAGGUUUCCAGGCAUGCCUUCGCACAGACUUCUGGGACAUGUAGUCCACACGACUAUGACAUCACAGGAAGAGGUCCAAAAAUUCUCUUCCGACUUUUGAUGUGUACAAGUGCUUCUUCCUCAAAGUUGGACGAGAGUCCCGCCUGCUGCCCAUUCCUGUUGCAUCUAUGACAUGAAGGGCACUACAGCCUUCGGGUGACUGCGCGUGCCGGUCGGGGCUGAUUAUAUAGCAAGAAGCGGGCUUACAGAAGCGGAUGCGUUCUCAGUGAUUAUUUCAGAUAAGACGAUGGGGUCAGGUCAGGGGAAUGCAUGGUUACAGGGUUCUCAGUAGUUAUUUCAGGUCGCUGGUGGGAAAUUCUGAAAUGCAGACUGCCGGAAUCAGCUGCUGUAGGAGAGCGUUGGCUAGGGAAAUGCUGUCCUUCUCAGAUGUGGCCAUUGAGUUCUCUCCUCAAGAGAGGGAAUGCCUGGAGCCUGCUCAGUGGAAUCUGUACAGGGAUGUGAUGUUGGAGAAUUACAGCCACCUUGAAUUCCUGGGUCUUGGUGUCCCUAAGCCACACCUGGUGACAUUUCUGGAGCAAAGACCAGAGCCUUCAGUUGGGAAGAGACAAGCAGCAGCCAGCGUGCACCCAGGCUCAACAGGAACAAGACUCAGUGAGUAUCACGUUUACAACAAGGCCAUUGACUGUAACUCACGACACAUUCAACACCAGAGAAUUCGUAGAAGGGAGAAACGCUACAAGUGUGAAGAAUGUGGUAAGGCCCUUCGUUCUCAUAAAACACUUUCUAUACACAAGAGACUUCACACUGGAGAAAAACGCUACAAGUGUGAAGAAUGUGGUAAGACCCUAAGUUCUCAUAAAACACUUUCUAUACACAAGAGACUUCACACUGGAGAAAAACCCUACACGUGUAAAGAAUGUCACAAGGCCUUCAGUACUUGCUCAUCACUUUUUAUACACCAGAAAAAUCAUACUGAUGAAAAAUCCUACAAGUGUGGAGACUGUGGCAGAUCAUUUUACUAUCCUUCAAUGCUAAAGCAACAUCAAAGAAUUCAUUCUGGAGAGAAACCCUACAAGUGCGAAGAAUGUGGCAGAGCUUUUUAUGACCCUUCAUUACUGAAAAUGCAUCAAAGCCUUCCUUGUGGAGGGAAACCAUACCAGUGUGAAGAGUGUCACAAGACGUUUCUUUAUCAUUCAUCCUUUAAGUACCACAAGGCAGUUCACACUGGAGAGAGACUCCGCAGGUGUAGAGUGCGAGGGAAAGAAUUUCCUAAGCCUGCCUUCCUCAUUGAGGACAAGGCAGCUCAUACUGCAGAGAAAACGUACACGUGUGCGGAGUGUGGCAAGUGUUUUUACUAUGUUUCAUCUUUUAGAAACCAUCAAAUCAUCCAUUCUGAAGACAAUCCCUACACGUGUGCGGAGUGUGGCAAAAGGUUCUCCUGCUCUGCCUCCCUUCAUCAACACCAGGGAGUCCACACUGGAGAGAAACCAUACAAGUGUGUGGUGUGUGGCAAACGUUUUACCAACUGCUCAUCCCUUAGACGACAUCAACCAAUUCACUGGGAAGACAAUCCCUACACGUGUGCAGUGUGUGGCAAAAGGUUCUCCUCCUUUGCAUACCUUCAUCAGCACCAGCCAGUCCACACUGGAGAGAAACCGUAUAAGUGUGAGGAGUGUGAUAAAUGUUUUUCCACAUGUUCAGCCCUUAAGCGACAUCAAACAAUUCAUUCUGAAGACAAUCCCUACAAGUGUGCAGAGUGCGGCAAACAGUAUUACUGCUCUAGGGAUUUUCAGGAACAUCAAUCAAUUCAUACUGGAAAGAAACCCUACAAUUGUGAGGAAUGUCACAAAGCCUUUCGUUACCACGGCUCCUUUAGGAAACACAAGAAACUUCAUACUGGAGAGAACCCCUACAAGUGUGAAGAGUGUGACAGAAGAUUUUCCUCAUCUACAUCACUUAGACGACAUAAAACAAAAAUUCAUUCUGAAGACAAUUCGUAAAAGUGUGGCGAAUGUAGCAAAGACUUUGCGAAUCUUUACAGCCUUACUCAACAGAUGAUAUAGUUCAUACAGAAGAAAAAUCCUACAAAUGCCUUAAAAGUUUACUUCAUCAACCCUUAAAACACAUCAAAUGAUUCAUUCUGACUACAAACUCCAUGAUUUUGUGAAGUGUAGUCAGAUCACUUUGCUAACAAUUCAGAUCUUAUCCAACUCUCAUGAAUCCAUGUGGGAGAAUAUAAAGUUAAUCAUUUUGGAUGUCAACAUGAGCAUCUACCAUAGAACAGUUCAAAUGCUAAGAAUGUCAUCAGAGAACAGCAGAGACUUCUCUUUGCUCCCAGCAGUUUGUUCAAGCCAUGUGUUUAAAACUUGCCUUUAUUAAUAAGUCUCCAUCUUCUGUAACUAUAAAUGUUCAGUGAAACCUUUACCAUGUCCUAGCUUUGUCCAUUGGUUACCUGGAAUCUGAGAUCUGGGCCGUGCCAUAGUUACUGUUGUUUUUCCCAGUGGAGUCAUCCAAGCUCCUGUAACAUCCCCCUUGGUGUGUAAGAAGCUCUGCCUCUCUGAGCUAGCAGGUCUGGCUCUGGAAUCCUUAUUGGUAAAAUAAAAGGAUAGAGACUAGAAGGCUCUUCCCAUCUAAGGCCUCCAAAGCAAGGCAGCAGCAGUGGCUGCAGAGGUGCAGUCAUCAGCUGAGGCAGCUUUAGUAUCAGGUGCAGCUGCUGUGCCUCAGAUAAAAGCAGCAGUGCCCACAGAGCAAUAAAUGCAGGAAAGGUGUGGAGCAACCAAUCAUUUUCUGACUGCAUUUGAACCUUAUUCCACAAACUGUAACUGCUGUGAUGUUAUCUUGGUGAUAAACUUGUGUCCGACGAGGUAAUAACCUCUAGGGAGAAUUUAAUGCUAUUAUUCCAAGAAGUGAACAGUAAAGAAUUUCAUAGCCAGUUAUAGUAGGUGUCUGUAUUGUAGCAGUAGAAAUAUUAAAAUAUUUCAAGAUAUGUCAGUACCAUUUCAUGCUUGAACACAUGGUGCCCUUUACUAGGGAGGCAACACUUACACAGGCUAAACCCCGCCAUCCAAUAAGCAUGGCUGCAUAAGGGCCUCACUAUGUCUCACCCUGAGUGGAGGAGCUAUUGGCAAGUGAUGGCUCCUGAGGGAGACAGUCACUCUGGGAGGCUUCUGGCCAUUAAGUCAAUUGCCCUACACCACUACACGUGGAGGGAGCCCUCAGUAGAAUGGAGAAAUAACAAAGAAAAAGUCCUCCAAGUGGGGAGAGUAGAGUGACUCUAAGCAUAAGAAGUAAUAGAUGAAGGAAUGUGGAGAUUUGAAUAAAACAUGCAAUAGCCAUGUAGUAAAUUCUCCCAAAAUAAAUAUCAUUCUAAACCUUUUUUGCUUUUGGACAGGUCCAAAUUUAACCUGUUUUGGCAGUGAUUACAGCACAUGACUCUGGCUGUCAUUUACAGAGGGUCAGCAUCCUACUGGGAAGGCAUCUUGAGGGAACAAGUGAGAGGACUCCCAGAAGGGCUGAGGUGCUGAGGACUGAGGGGCCCUCAUCACUGAGGUUCAUCAGUGUAACCUCAGGGAAGAGCCGGAUGGCUUUGCAGAGAUGAGAUGUGGCCAGACUCACCUUGUAUCUUACCUUUGGUUUUGUCAUGGGUACAACAGAGGAAAGCUGAACAGCAGCCUCUCCGCCCUUCCUCUCCUCCCUCCUCCCUCCUCCCUCCUCCCUCCUCCAUCCACAGUGAUCACAGCUGCGUUUGCUCCUGUUAUCCAGUUAUCCACAUCACUACAGUGUGGAAAGCAGUGUAGCAGUCAGCUGAACAUGGUGGGUGGAAAGUUACAACACAACACAUCACACACCUUCUAUCGUUGAGUUUUGUUGAAAACAGUUUAUUAACAUGUAAACAUCCUGUGAACGUUAGAGAAAAUGAGAGAAAUGAAUAUACCUCUAGAUUACAUGGUAAAUAAAGUCUGUGCUUCCAGCUUUA